GCGGUCACCCUGAUGACAAAUCGUUUUUAUCAAGCGAUUUUGGGAACUAACUUUGAGUUUGCAUAUGCGUAUGCAUAGUAUAUUUAAUUAAGUUUGGUUUUGUCUAAUACACAAGAUGAUUAUUACAAUUAAAAAUCUUCAACAACAAACUUUUACUAUAGAGUUUGCCCCGGAAAAAACGGUUUUGGAACUGAAGAAGAAAAUAUUUGACGAACGUGGUCCAGAGUACGUCGCCGAAAAACAAAAACUGAUUUACGCUGGAGUCAUAUUGACGGAUGACCGCACUGUUGGUUCAUACAACGUUGAUGAAAAAAAGUUCAUUGUGGUAAUGUUGACACGCGAUUCGUCUAGUUCAAAUCGUAAUCAACUAAGUGUAAAAGAAAGUGAUAAAUUGACUAGCACCGGCGAUUCUAGGCAUUCUAUGCCUUGCGAAGAAGCCAACCAUAGCAAUUCGCCUAGUUGCAGAAAUACAGAUGAUUCAGAUUUAUCACGUGAAACCAGACCUUUACCUAGUGACGAAUUGAUCGGAGAGUUGGCCCAGGCCUCCUUACAAUCGCGCGCUGAAUCUAAUUUGCUUAUGGGUGACGAAUACAACCAAACAGUCCUAUCAAUGGUGGAAAUGGGUUACCCAAGAGAGCAGGUUGAACGUGCGAUGGCUGCUAGCUAUAACAACCCGGAAAGAGCCGUUGAAUAUCUCAUUAAUGGCAUACCUGCAGAGGAAGGUACUUUUUACAAUGGGCUGAAUGAAUCAACGAAUCCUAGUCUAAUCCCCUCCGGACCGCAAACUGCAUCCGCACCCUCUACCGAGCGUCCAUCAGAUUCAAAUUCAGACCCCUUUGAAUUUUUACGUAGCCAGCCACAGUUUCUUCAAAUGCGUUCUUUAAUAUAUCAAAACCCUCACCUUUUACAUGCGGUAUUGCAGCAGAUUGGUCAAACAAAUCCAGCCCUUUUACAACUUAUUUCGGAGAACCAAGAUGCGUUUCUGAAUAUGCUUAAUCAACCGAUUGAACGCGAAUCGGAGUCAGGCGCCACUGUUCCUCACGUUUCGAAUGCGCGGACUCCUUCAACUCUGGACAAUGUUAGCCUCUUUUCUCCAGAUUUAGAAGGAGCUACUUCAGCCCAAAGAUCAACCGCUGGUACAAGUGCAGCACAGCAAAUCGGUAGCGCAGCGGAUAACGAAGAUUUGGAACCACCUUUAGGAGUAUCAACCAUUCGUUUAAAUCGCCAAGAUAAGGACGCAAUAGAACGGCUAAAAGCUCUUGGAUUCCCAGAAGCCCUUGUACUGCAAGCGUACUUCGCUUGUGAAAAGAACGAGGAACAAGCAGCUAAUUUUUUGCUAUCUUCUAGCUUCGAUGAUUAGAAUGACCAAAUGUAAGAAGUUAUGCAUACAACACCGGAAGCGUUACAACUAAAGUUAGAUGUUCUUAAAUUAAAUGUAAAAUGUCGAUCAUAAAAAUGGUUUUAUAUUCUUUAAA